CAACAUACAGAUAUCUCCGGGAAAAUUGCAGUCGGUAAUUUAACAAGUUCUAGUAAAGAGAUUUUUGUUGAAAUCACUUGCAUGGCUAGCUGUAUGCCCGGGCUUCCAUGGCAGCCUGCAGCUACAUUACGCUGCCCUCUCUCAACAUCGGUUUGCUAGGAUCACUAAGGUUUCGCAGAAGCGUUCGAAAUUGACAGGUGAUUGUGGCUAGUAACAGAAAUCGGCAAGCUUAUUAAAUAUUCUUAGACCUAAGCUUCCCACUUUUAGAAAGGCGAGUUUCGGCCUACAUAUGAGUUAUCGCGAAAAAGGGGGCAGAAAUGCUUAUGAUACGGGUGGCCGGUCUUCAGACGCGCGUGAGCGCAUUGAAGGGGGCGGAAACAGUAAUAUGCCACCGCCGGGACUUCGAGGCCGAGAAAUUGGCUUAUGGUUUGCUAGAAGGAACAGAGAGCGUUGGAAAGCCAAUAAUGAGUAUCAGCUUAUUCCACGAGUUCAUCUGGAAUCAGCACUACAACGGAAAACUGAAAACGCGCUAGUACGCGUGGAAGAAGUCUUAAUACGUAGGAAUAACUCGAACUGGAGUGAUGGCCACAAACGGAUUGUGUCGGCAUGUGAUGGAAAUAAGUUAGGAGAAGUAAAUGCCCUAGCGCCAAGGGUCAAAGAGCCGAAAAGGGCAAAUUGCGCCUUGGGAGAUGUCCGACGAACACUACCCGUGUUUAGCAGACGCCAUGAUAUAUUGCGUGCUAUUAAUGAGAACCAAGUGUGUGUGAUUUCCGGAGAAACUGGCAGCGGAAAAUCGACACAGGUACCUCAGUAUAUUAUCGAGCAGUGUGAAGAGCAGUCUGCACAAAAACAACGACAAAAUCUCCACACGGAGGGCACGAAAGGCAUACAGCGGACUUUUGUUGUGUGCACACAACCCAGGAGAAUAUCUGCUAUCUCUGUUGCCGAAAGAGUGGCAAAAGAGCGGGGUGAAGUUGUUGGUGGUCACAGCGUGGGUUACCAAAUCCGUUUUGAAAAUCGAGCAGCACCCGUAACCCCGGAUCAGCCUGUGAUCCUUUACUGCACAACUGGAAUCGUUUUUCAGUACCUGCAGAGCGACCCGAUGUUGUCAUAUGUAAGUCACCUUAUUGUCGAUGAAGUUCACGAACGAAGCUUGCACUCGGAUCUCCUUUUAACCAUCAUCAAGGAGAAAAUUCUUCCAAACCGACCCGAUUUUCGUCUUAUCUGCAUGUCAGCAACUCUGGACAGUAACACAUUUGUUGAAUAUUUUGGUCCCGCUUGCGUACAUUUGGGUAUAUCGGGCCGUUUAUAUCCUGUUGAAGACAUUUAUCUUGAGGAUUAUGUCUUAGACCUUAAGCCCAGAUGCCCGUAUGGUAAUUCAUUUGAAUCCGAAAAGAAUUGGCAAGCAAAGAGAGAGAGGCGUAACCAGCUUUUGGAUUACGGCUAUUCAAGGGAUAUCGUUUCUGCAAUCCUCAAUGUAUCUCUAAAGACCACUCUAAUUGAUCCCGAGUUCGUGGUUGCUGCCGUGAAAUGGAUUUGCAAGCAAGCAAAUGAAGAGAAUGCAACUAGAGAAGAUCCCGCAGAUAGUGCUAUCCUCGUAUUCUUGCCGGGGUGGGACGUUAUCUCCGAUGUUUGCGUGGCUCUCAAGAAUGUUGACACUACAUACCUUAACAGAGGAAACAGCUUGAUACUACCUCUACACUCAAUGCUUCCGCCGUCCGAACAGGCAAAGGUUUUUCUGCAUCCUCCCCGAGGUGUCAGGAAGAUUAUCCUAUCGACUAUGAUUGCCGAAGCCAGUGUCACCAUUGACGACGUCGUGUACGUUGUUGAUUGUGGAAAAACAAAGCUAACGACAAUAGAGGUGGACAAAAACAAUCAAUCUCGUUUUGGCGAGCGAUGGGUAUCUCAGGCAAAUGCUAAACAGCGAAUGGGUCGAGCAGGUCGGGUGCGGCCUGGCAAAUGCUAUAAACUCUACACCCGAAUGGACUAUGAGGCGAUGGACGAAUUCCAACAACCCGAAAUGGCCCGAACGAGACUAGAGAACAUCGUAUUAUACAUUAAAGAACUUCAGCUGGGCCCUCCAGAAGAUUUUCUUCCAAAGUGUAUUACACCGCCAGAACGCGAAGCUGUGAUGAAUUCUGUUCGUUUCCUCGAACAGAUUGGUGCGCUAGAACCCGACAACGGAGGCCGGAUAACUGUUCUUGGAAAACGUAUAUGCGCUCUAUCGAUUGAGCCGCGCCUGGCGAAACUGCUAUUGAUAGCAUGUCUGUUCGGCGAUAAAUGUCUUCAGCCUGCGUUGUCAAUGGCUGCUUGCCUCGACUUCAAGGAUCCUUUCUUCACUCCUAUGGGUGAAGAGCACCUAGUGGACAAAUCUCGCCGAAAUUUCGCUCAAAUGUCGGGUGCAACUCUCGAGUUCUCGGAUCACGUUAUGUUAGCAAAUGCUGUUCAGAAUAGCCAUCAAAAAAGCUAUUACUAUCUCAGAGAGAAUUUCCUCUCUUCACAAACACUCAAGAUGAUCUUUAUAAGCCGUGAACAAUUUCAACAUCAAUUAUCUCAGCUGGGUGUGUUACCUCCGGCGGGUUCAAAAGGUCCAGGCAAAACCAAAGUAGGACAGGGCACUCUGCGAGCAGUUAUAUGCGGAGGCCUGUAUCCUGGAAUAGCUCGUGCCAAUUUCAAAUUAUCGGACAUACCCCGCCUCGGACCAGACCAGAUAACCCUCUGCAAAGAUAACACAUUAUACUCUCUAUCCACAGAAACGGCGCAUAGAGCCCAGUUCCAUCCCAAAAGCGUUCUUGGCAAACAGCGACACGGACUGCCUUCUGCAUUAUUCGCCCAUUAUCUAGCCCAGCAUUCUGAUACAUCACGUUGCGUCAAUCUUUAUGAGGUCACACCUGUUGACCAUUUACCGCUGCUGGUGUUUGCCUCAGCAGGAGAGUGUGUCUACAAUUCUGAACGUGAAACAUUCAAAGUUAACGGGUGGCUGGAACUAAGCUGCGAACCAGACCUUGCCCACUUCAUUAGGCGACUAAGAGCUGCUUUUAACUUUGCGUUUGAGACCUAUCUUAUUGCGGGAUCAAUGUCCUCAGACGGGCCUGUCCGGGACGAAAUGUCCCGUUGUCGCGACCUAUUGGAUGCUCUCGUGGUCCUGUUUGAGAAUACGCGUAGUGCUGAAAUGAUCACAAAAUGCGUCGUGCCAGGUGCAGGCGAUAGAACCAGCGCUAAUGUUGAUGAUGAUGAGGACGAUGCGUAAGGUGACAAAAAUGAUAUCGGUAGUCGUAGGAUGCUAUCAGACGAUCUGAAGUCUGUAGCUGAUCGCUCCGCUAUCAAAGUACGCGGUAUCGUCCGCGUAAGUCGCGGGUGUUCAGAACUCGCUUUCACACCAAAUAGAUAUAAGCGGGCUAAAUUGUACACGGAUACCAUGUGACCAUUCUAUCGAUACACGGUGUUGGGUGGCACACAAUUCGCUAACACUGACAAAACAGCAAAUUAAAAAAACGUUUACGCCCGACCAAUUCAAAAAGAUUCAUUUUAAAGAUGAGAAAGUUCUUUGCAAUUAAAUGUUAACUGUAGGAAAGGAUUAUUUGGAGUACACUUUACAUAAAUAUUUGUGGAUAGAUACAAUUGUAACGAAUUGAGAUAAUAAAUUAAAUUGAUGCAACA